CCUUGUUUGUGUAUCAGGUUAAUGAAUCAGUCAAUGAAUUGUUGAAUCCUGGAUACGAGAACUCACUACGGACUAGAUGAAUAGGUUGUUCGGUCUGAGUCUGAUGAUGGGACCAGAUUCCUCUCAGUUGUAGUUAGUACAACUAUCCGAACGAAGGAAACUACACCGGUGGACUGGGUGCCAACCAUUCUCCAAGUUUCCGGCCAUCGACGUGGGAUGCAGCAGCCUGCCUAUUCCGAUCCGAGACGCGUCUACUCCGGACCAAAGUCUGUAAGCCGGGCCGACGAAAGGAUCAACAACGAUGAGCGUGAUUCUAUGCUUCGAUUGAGAAGGCUGAAACAAGCGUAUCCAGAGACUGUGAACAGAAGCCGCACAUUGGACGAGUACUUGCAUGAGUUCAUUGACAGGGAUGAGCCCGACUUCAGAAACGGGGAACGAGUCGUGUCCCGUUAUCUUGAAGGAAUCCGGCCUGAUAACCCAGGAAUCGAGUUACAAAACACACACAGCUGUUUCUAUGGACGUCAGAAGAAGCAAGGGGAAGAACACGCGCACUUGGAGAAUGGGCACACAUGCGAAUGGUGGCGACGGAACAGUUCGUCAUGGUCCCCGGGCCGCUUACAGGGACUCGUCCAAUACCGACAGUAAUGAUCACACAUGAUCGUCUCAAGGGGGACAUCGAAAGGGCCUGUUACACUGUCGCAGCUUGAGAGCCAGCACGUGGACCAGCAGGCUCAGAUUUGAAAAGCCAUGUCCAAAACGUGGCGAGAUGUGCACGGUAUCCUUGGGUUCCAUUCAACCGCACCC